GCAACGCAGUGAGGAGGAGCUUGUUACAAAACAUCUCUUCCUCGAGGCGCCAAAGCUCGUUUAAUCAAGUUUUCCGACCGAGUUUGUCCGUUCCCUUGAUUCAUUUUAUUCUCGAGUUGUUGGUUCUGAGGGAAUAAAUGGCAACAAAACGAACAAAACGUGACGCGGCUGUGAAGGACGUGACUCCCGAGAGUUUAGGGGCGACAGUCCGACGAUCUUCACGAAGCGUCCUGGUUCCGAAGAGGCUUCGGUACUCCCCCAACCUGAAGGCCGAAGCCCCCCUCAAGAAAACUAAAAGAAACAGCCAGGGAGAUAAAUUCAGGCCGAAGAAACCAAAAGUAGAGGAAGAUGUUACAAAGAGUGAUGAGGAACAGAAAUCACACGGACAGCUGUCUGCUUAUGAACUGGAGCGCCUUGAAAACAUCCGACAGAACCAGGCUUUUCUGUCAUCCAUUAACUUAUUCCAGGCAACUGAGGAGUUGAAGCAGCUGACUCGACCGAAGCCAUCUCAGAGGGGUUUGAGAUCACAGGGUGUGAAGGACGUACUCCCCGCCCGCAAAUCCCUGCGCCUCCAGAAGAAAGAAGCAGAGGUGUUGACACUUCCCCCUGAGCCCACAGGAACAUUCCCCCAUGAUCAGUCUUCACCGGCCAAGAAACCAUCUGGUCCUUUGCCUAUGGAAGCAAUCAACAUGGCGGAGGAUUACAAGCUGCCGCCACCACUUCUUGAACUCUUAUCUGAGGAGCCGCAACAAAGAAAGCUCAAGCUUGAAUUGAAAGAGUACACCUCUGAGCUGAAAGACAUGAAGAUAACUGAAGAAAAGGUGGUCAAAGUAGUGAAGGAUCGCAUAUUCUCUGCAGCCUUUCACCCCUGCAGCAGCAGCCUGCUGAUGGCUGCGGGAGACAAGUGGGGCAAAGUGGGACUCUGGAACUUGGGUGGAGUCUGGGGAGACGACGGCGUUCUGCUCUUUGAGCCACACACCCGUCCAGUGGGCUGCAUGGCGUUCUCCACAGCUCGCCCCACACAGCUGCUGAGCCUCAGCUAUGACGGCUCUCUGCGCUGCAUGGACGUGGAGAAAGCUGUCUUUGAUGAGGUGUAUGACAUUGAAGAUGGCCUGAAAACAUUUGCGUUCAUGUCACAUGACUGCUCUACGCUUGUGGUUGGGGACUGGUAUGGAGAAGUCGCCAUCGUUGAUCGGCGUACUCCAGGGAACUCCCAUGAAUCUCUCCACACACUGGAUACAAAGACUUUGCGCUGUGUUAGUGUUCACCCUCUUCAGAUGCACUACUUUGCUGUUGCAGAGAGCAGGGCAGUCAAUAUUUAUGACAGCCGGUGUCUGAAGAAGACCAAAAGCAAAGCCGUUUCUCUGCUGCAAGGCCACACUUUAGGCGUAAGCAGCGCUUAUUUCUCUCCAUGUACAGGCAACAGAGUUCUCACUUCCUGUUUGGACAACAACAUCAGAAUAUACGACACUUCUGCAAUGACCAGCAGCUCCCCUUUGCUCACGUCCAUCAGACAUGACAUGCAAACCGGCCGCUGGCUGUCGAAACUCUCGGCGGUGUGGGACCCCAAGCAAGAGGACUGCUUUGUGGUGGGGAGCAUGAUGAGACCUCGGAGGGUGCAGGUCUUUCAUGAGAGUGGCCGGCUCCUUCACUCCUUUAUGGACAGUGAGAACCUCAACACAGUGCUGUCCGUCACCGCCUUCCACCCCACAAGAAACGCAGUGUUGGGUGGGAACGCAUCAGGUCGCCUGCACGUGUUCGCCAGUUAAAAACAACGUACGCAAACAUGUAUCUCACAGUUGUGAUGUGUUUUCUGUUCUUUCCUAGGGAUUUUGCGUCUUAAAAUAUGUGAAUGUUUUAUGGCACAACUUAAAAUGUUGGGUGAAGAGUCCAUUUGUUUACCAAAUUACACACAAGUCUACAUUAAAUCAGAUUACAGAAACCAUUCUAGAUUUAGGUUUACAUGCAGGAGUUAUUUAUAUAGUUUUGCUAUCGAAUCCAUAAAUAUAUUUAUAUUUUUGAAAACAUGGUUCUGUUCUUGUAAAUCCACCUCUAACUGGUUUGAGUUUUUUUUUAAACUGAAUUUCCAACGCGAGCGAUCUAUCCUCAGUGAACAGUUCAUACAGUAAAGCAGGAAAACAUAGUUCCACCCAUUUCUUUAUACACAUUCCCAGGAGUUCAGACUCUGUUUUGACUUAUACUCAUCUGUUGGCACAGAUGUGAAAUAUAGAAAUAUUUUCUGCAGUUUGACCCUGUAGUUCAUAGUCACCUGCUGUGGCUUUCCCUUUAACUGAAGUCACUGUUUUGCUUUGUUUUCCUUUUCUUUUCUUUUUUUUAAAUCCGAUUGCUGAAGACAUUUCGUAAAUCUUCUCUUCUUUUCCUCUUUUCUCAAACCUUCCACAUGUCUUCUACACAUCUCAGCUUUAUGAGUCAGGAUGUGUUUCUUUAGGUUAAAGAUUUUGGACUAACAGUUGGAAAAUGCAGACAUAUGAAAAGAUAUGAACACUUGCAAGAUUUCUGUUUGUUUAUUCAUUACAUUGUCUUUAAUGAUGGUAAACGGUAAAAAUAAAUGUUUUAUUUUUUGUUUAAUUUACUGACUUUGGAAUCAACAAAUGCAUAGAUUUUGUAUUAAAUAUUUUUUGUGUA